ACUCUAAACAGCUUCGUACACUUGGUUACAAUUAUCAACAUAGUAAUAGUUUCAAGAAAGAUGAAAAGAAGUCUUUUGAAUAUUAUAUAAAAGCAGCUAAGUUAGGAAAUUUGAAUGUGAUAAAUGAA